UGGCGGGUUUCUCUUGCGAGCGGUUUCUUGGUUCUUCUCAGCUCUGAGACACUUCGGACCCCGGCCCAGCUGUCAUCUCCUUCUGCGUGUCCUGUCCCCCUUCCGCGCUAGGCCCCGCCCGUCCUGUUUUCCCGUGUCCGCCACUUCCUCCGCGGCGCUCACUUGCAAGUCGGCCCCGGCCGUUGGUGACAGUUUAUCAUAGGCGCCUCAGUGAAGUUAUUUCCUUGAAGUAAUGCCCACAGAAAGUGGAAGUUGUGCAACUGCUCGGCAAGCAAAGCAGAAGCGCAAAUCACACAGUCUUUCUAUACGAAGAACCAACAGUUCUGAGCAAGAAAGGACGGGAUUGCAAAGAGAGAUGUUGGAAGGGCAGGAUACUAAACUUCCUUCAUCUGUUCGGAAUACACUUUUGGAGCUUUUUGGGCAAAUAGAGCGAGAGUUUGAAAACCUUUAUAUUGAAAAUUUGGAAUUACGUCGAGAGGUCGAUACACUUAAUGAGCGCUUAGCAGUUGAAGGACAGACAAUUGACGGAGCUGAACUGAGCAAAGGACAACUGAAAACAAAAGCCAGUCAUAGUACCAGUCAGCUUUCACAGAAAUUGAAGACCACUUACAAGGCAUCUACCAGCAAGAUUGUAUCCAGUUUCAAAACUACAACAUCAAGGGCAAUCUGUCAACUGGUGAAGGAGUAUGUUGGCCACAGGGAUGGUAUUUGGGAUGUCAGUGUCACGAAAACUCAGCCAGUGGUGUUGGGGACAGCAUCUGCUGACCAUACUGCCUUGCUGUGGAGUAUAGAAACAGGAAAGUGCCUUGUCAAAUAUGUAGGGCAUGUUGGAUCAGUAAAUUCUAUAAAGUUCCAUCCAACGGAGCAAGUAGCUCUUACAGCAUCUGGAGACCAGACGGCUCACAUUUGGAGAUAUAUGGUACAGUUGCCCAUGCCUCAGCCAACAUCAGACUGCAAUCAAAUGUCUGGGGAAGAUGAAAUUGAGUUUUCAGAUAAAGAUGAACCUGAUGGAGAUGGAGAUGGUUCCAGUGACUGUCCCACUAUCCGAGCUCCCUUAACCUCCCUGAAAAGCCAUCAAGGAGUAGUCAUAGCAGCUGACUGGCUGGUUGGAGGGAAGCAAGCUGUAACAGCUUCCUGGGAUAGGACAGCAAAUCUGUAUGAUGUGGAGACAUCUGAACUUGUCCAUUCGCUAACAGGGCAUGACCAAGAGCUAACCCAUUGUUGUACACAUCCCACUCAACGUCUUGUGGUGACAUCAUCACGUGAUACAACCUUCCGUCUGUGGGAUUUCAGAGAUCCUUCUAUCCAUUCUGUGAAUGUCUUUCAGGGCCACACAGACACCGUGACAUCAGCUGUUUUCACAGUGGGUGACAAUGUUGUUUCGGGUAGUGAUGACCGUACUGUAAAAGUCUGGGACUUGAAAAAUAUGAGAUCGCCUAUUGCUACUAUCCGUACAGACUCUGCAGUGAACAGGAUUAAUGUAAGUGUUGGCCAAAGAAUCAUUGCCCUUCCACAUGACAACCGUCAGGUUAGAUUAUUCGACAUGUCAGGAGUGCGAUUAGCACGGCUCCCUCGCAGUAACAGACAGGGCCAUAGAAGAAUGGUUUGCUGUUCAGCGUGGAGUGAAGACCAUCCAAUAUGUAACCUAUUUACCUGUGGGUUUGAUCGUCAGGCUAUUGGCUGGAACAUCAACAUCCCUGCAUUGUUACAGGAAAAAUGAGAUGCUGGAAGAAUUUUUGCUUUUGUUGCCAUGGACUUGUAAACUUUUGUUGUUGUUGCAGACUCUUCUGAAUAUUAGUCUGCCUUCAUUGUAAAAGUUCUCCCUUAAAAGGAGCGCUUUGCAAAUGUUGUUGUUACCACAUUGUGCACCAUUUGCAUGUAAUGUACAGAAAAUGUGACUUUUUUAAAAAUUAGUUUGUCUUGUGUAUGAACUUUUAUAUCUUAGCAUCCACUGGUCAGUUGAAAGGAGUUCACUGUUCUAUAGAGCACAUAAGUGUUCGUAAGCUAUUCAGCAUUUGCUAGAUGAACAUUAGGGCAUUACAUUUGUGACUUUAAUGUGAAAUUUAUAUACUUAUUGUGAAGAAUAGAUAAUAGUCUACUGCAUUUUCCAUAAUUUUACAUAUCUGCCUUGUGUUAAAAGGAAUCUGCAGGGCUGAACUUCAAGAAGUGUGAAUUUCAGUAAUAGUAUCAUGGUAAACAUUUUCUUGUUUG